ACGAAUAUACGGGUAUCUACCCGGUACUAAGGCAAAUGUUGCGUAUCACUUUUGCGUCAAUGCCUGCGUAUAUAUAUAUCCCUGGACGCUCACUGUGCAGUAACUUACAGUAGAAAAGUUUGGAUUUCGAAACAGUUGCACGCGACACGAUGUACGUUGAAUGGCUGCACGUGACGCUCGCAGCGCUGCUGCUGGUCACUAUGGUACCGGUCGCCCGGGGCAACUCGUUCAUCGACGCCUACAACCAGGCUACAAACGACCUCAGCAAUGAUGACACAAGUGUCGACAAACUGUACGACAACCGCGCGGACUUUUUCAUGCAGGCGGUGCACGAGAACGGAAUUGCAUCGUCGACUAUCGCUGACGCCACCAACUUCGUAAACCUGCUCGCAAUUUUCCUCAACGUGGGGUCGAUAGGUGACCUGACGAGUUAUGACAAUUUCAAACCUCAACUGGAUACUGUCGUGGCUCGAAUCAACGGCAUCUGUCCACUCAAGGACAUUGAAGAUUUCGAGGAGUGUACCAAGUCGGACAGUAACAGCCCCUGGCGACCCAUAACCGGCAUCUGUAACAACCUCCAACACCCGCGCUGGGGGACGCCAAAAAUAGCCCAACUCAGACUGGCACCCGCAUUCUGGGAAAACGUUGGGUUGGUGGUGUUCGACCCCUUGCCCGUUCACCUGACUCCGGUAGACUCCAAGGGCGUACAGCUGGAAACCGAUCGUCCUCUUAUCUUUAACCUACAGGGAACCAGCACAUUCACACUCGCAGUGACGAGCCCGGCAAUGACUGAGCAAGUUUGUAAGAGCAAAAAAGUGAAGAAGAACAAGGAAAGGGAGGGCACUGUCGAUGGCAUGAUUAUAAGUGUCAUCCCCGACAAGGAUGGCUGCGAAGUAACCUUUGAUGGAAAUCAGUACAGGGCCUCUGGUGAAGAAUGUAAAAAGGCCAACAUCUGUUACCAACCCUUUUAUGUCGUGAUUGAAUUGGAUCCACGAGCACGUAAAGACAGUAAAUUGACGGUUGAUGGCAAAGUUGUUGACAAGUAUAAAAGUCCUGAGGAAAUGUUUGAUAAAACUGAUCUUCGCACAUUCUGGAUGCGCAUUGAUAACGAUCAACUUUUGGUUGGUGCGGGUAGCGAGUGUGACGAACGGACGGUGAUACUGAAGGGCGAGGUAGUUCCCAGUCUGGCACUGGAGAUUCGAAAUACCAGGCAUGCAAUUUCACUUUCUGCGGGUGAGGCCGACUCGCUCAAAGCCCAGUUUCCAGUCUACGACCGAAUCAUCCUUGAGACGGAACCCGGACGGCCCCAGUCGCUCGCCAGCCUCCCUUUCCUGUUUGAGAGCCUCGUUGUCAGGUUUGGUCUCCGUACCCCGGGAGCUGAAGGUCACCUUGACAAUAAGCACGUGAUCGAAUUCGAAAAUACGGAAACAGCUGAGAAAUUGACGGUGACGUUCCGUGCGGCCCGUAGCGGUAAUGAUAUCAAAGUGGGGGAGGUGGUAAUCAACUUCCGGCGCGGAGAGGAAGCUCCUGUAGCGGUGGAAGUUGGGGAGGCGGUGCAAGUGCCGCACGUGGACUUUGUGGCCGGCAAUGGACAAACAGAAAAAGAUUUCUCAGCUUUCUGGGUAUCCGCCAUCAGUAAUCGUGUGUAUGCCGGAGCCGGAAACGAGGUUGGGAAGGAGGCGAUGAUUGCGCUAUUUUCGAUACCGGAAGGGACGGACUUCUUUCGACCGAAUAACGUCAUUGUCCGUUCUUUGGACGGUGAGGUGUCAAAUCCCAAGCAUGCGCAGUGGAUGUUUGAUCUGAAGCAGUGGGCAACGCCGCGUAAGACGUCACUGACGGGGCGGCCCCUACCGACAGCGCGUGACGUUAGCCUGGCGGUCCACACAAACAUUGGGGCUAGCACCACGUGGAGUAAGAAGCUCACUAUGGCCGUCAUGCAGAUGGGUCAGUUCGUGGACCAUGACCUAAUUGCCACGCCCGGUGAGACAGGGGAGUCCGGCCACAUCAACUGCCACUGUGUGAAUGGUUCCUACAUUGAUACGGAAGAAACAGAGAGCCGAUUCUGUUUCAAUAUCGACAUAACGGAUAAGACGGACCCGAGCGGCGGACAGGGCGCGUUUCCCUCGAACGAAUUCGAUUGUUUUCCUUUCAUCCGUUCGUCCGCAGCCCUCGAGUGCAACGCAGACAACAAGCUACGCGAUCUUCGUAACCGCGAGCAGCUGAACGUUCUGACUGCGUUCGUGGAUGGCUCCAACAUCUACGGCUCCGAGCAGACUGAGGCAGACGAUCUCCGCGUUCAUGACGGACACUUGCGAGGUUUUCUAGCGACGAGCGAUGGCCCGAUCCACGCGGAGUUGCCAGUCUCGACCGCUGCCGGGGAAGGGGAGGCGGCCUGUAACAAUGAUGGUGACGAUAGCUUCCCCUGCCGACUUGCAGGUGACUUCCGCGUGAACGAGCAGCCCGGCCUAGCGAGCAUGCACACCCUUUGGGUCCGCGAACACAAUCGCGUAGCCAGGGAGCUCUUGCAGAACCACGGAUACCAGGAUGACACGGUGGCGUCCAGUAACGAGCUCUACCAUGCCGCACGACGCAUCGUCAUCGCCGAGUACCAGAAUAUCGUGUAUAACGGAUACCUUCGCUCUUUCAUGGACGCGAACAUCUUCAAACAGUUUAACCUAAAUUCUUGCAUGGAUGGGUCUUGUUCCUACUCCGACUCCCUCAAUCCGUCCAUCACCAACGAGUGGGGCAUAGCCAACAGGAUGGGUCACACGUGGGUCAACAACCACUUGCUUGGGGAAGAGGCGGCAAAUUCUGCUGGCUGGGAGCUGAAAGAAAACUUCUUCAAGCCAACACACCUCCAUACAGAAGGCUCGGAUAUCUUCAUUAAGAACCUGUAUACGGCCAGGUGUCCCGAGUCCGACAAGAGCAUGGAGACUGACGUUACAGAGAACCUGUUCCGGAGCGACAAGAGGAACGCCUUCGACCUGGCGGCCCUGAACAUCCAGCGUGGGCGUGACCAUGGCGUCUCAUACUGCGCCACGCGGAAGGCGCUCGGACUCAAAGUACCGGAGACCUUCCAGGAAGCGGAGAGCAUGCAGCUCUUCUCAAAGGAAACGAUCGCUCUGCUGGAAGGUUGUUACGACUGUAUUUGCGACAUCGACCUGUUUACGGCAAUAGUGGCUGAACGUACGUUGGAAAGCAGGACAAACCUCCCCCAAAAAUCUGACUCUCCCAUCCCUGAAACGCUCAACCACAUCCAGGGGGACAUGUUCAUGAAACUCAAAUUCGGGGACCGGUUCUGGUUUGAAUUUUCACGAGCUCGCUUCAAUGAGGCGCAAAAGAAUGCGGCAGGCCAAGUAACCCUAUCAACCAUAAUCUGUGAUAAUGUGCUCACAGAUAGCGACGAAAUUCAGCCUGAUGCCUUCCUUGUUGCGGGGCCUGGAAAUACGAAAGUAAAAUGUGCCGAUAUACCAAAACUCGACCUUAGCAUAUUCGCGAAGGAACCAGGAGUACAGUCCCAGGUAGGACCCCCGGCAGGACCUCCGGAAGGACCCCCGGCACCACCGGCAGGACCCCCAGAAGGAGCCCCACCGGGAACACCCCGAGCACGUGAUAACGGAUUGUCGGACAACACUGCGGACGGAGCGACGGACGAGCGGGAGGUGGAGGGUGAGAUCGAACACCUGUUGAAUCUGCUAGCACAGCUGGAUACGAAGGAAAACCAUGAAGAAGAAUAGACAAAACAGAUUAUUUUUUUUGAUUUUACAUGAAAUAUAUUAUAUACUACAGUAACACCCCGUUGGCUCGAAUUCCUAUACAGGGACCGGCGAAUAAACAUCGAGCCUCGAAAAAAUCGAGCCAAGCGGGAAUGCUUACUUUCAGAAUGUAAAAAUUGGGCUUUUACAUCAUUUUCGAGCCAACGAGGAACUCGAGCCAAGCGAGUUCGAACCAACGGUGUACCCCUGCUUUGUUAAUUUCACAAUUGAUGCAAUUAAUCAUUAGUUAACAUGCAUGAAUCAAGAUUAGUUUUGCCUAUGUUUAAGAUUUAUUACGUGUCUGUGUUUUUUCUUUCAUCAAAAUCACACUUAUAAAGUUGCGAGGUACAUUUGGGAACAAGCGUAAAUGUUUAAGUGUUUCAACAUUUCGCGGGCUUUUAAACACCGCCGACUCAGAAUAUGUGUAAGAGUUACUAUAUAUGGAAAUGUACUUAUCAAUUCAUUUAAUACGUUUUGGCUUUUCAAAACACAUUGAUUUAGCGUUUCAAAUUGUACAUGUACAUGCAUAUUGAUCUGUUUACAUACCUUUUAAGAUAUUUUAUUUUGUUCAUUUAAGCCCAUACAUCAAAAUUAUAUAUUUAACACAUUAAAA